ACUGUCCUUGGGUGGCUCUAAUCCCCGCCCUCAUUUCUUGAUAUUGGCCAAUCGAGUAACGUAAUUUACGGAACUGUCAGGAACGAGGCCAACCAGUCCAGUCCAAAUAACGGGGGUGAGGCCCCAAAAACCUAUGGGUUAAUCUUACAUGUUUUAUUUUUUUCAGGAAUUUUCACAAACAAAUAGGGACAUUUUGCAUAAAAGAAAGAAACACUUGUUCUAAUAAACAGACGCAGCAACUGGAAAAAGCAUAAUACAUAAUAGAAAUUAUUAGUUUUCUUAAAUAAACAAAACUAAGACUCAAAGUGGUCUAAUCAGGGAUCAGAGUACAAAAGUUAUUAUAAAGACGUAGGGCUUGUUUAGAUUGAACUAAUUUCAAAGAUAUCUUGAACAAUGUAGCCUAAACUCAUUCAAAAAGAUUACAAACAAAGGGGUCGUUUUUAAGAAACUACUAUAUUUUGCAUAAUAAUGAAAUUGUUGUACAUACAUUAAUCAUGUAUGUCCUCCAUUAGGAAACCAAAUCUGUCAUUAUUAUAAAUUAAAGUGUGCAUAAUAAGAUCAUUAUAAUCAUUAUAAUGUAAUUCAGUAAUGAAAUGCAUUCCAAGAGGUUUUAGUGAGUUGACGUGAAAAAAUAUGUUCUGGCAUUUCAAUAGAGUUACAAAAACCACAAUGAUUAAAGUCAAAGUUAAAUCUCUGUCUUAAGAAAUCAUUACAUGUGUAAAUGUCAUUCAUUGUUUUGAGAUUAAUUUAUUGAGCUUUAGGUGAUAAAGGAAAAGAACAGUAUCUGGUCCUUAUUCUGACUAUAGAAAUCCUAAUAAAAUCUUGUAAAAUACAGUGCAUUCGGAAAGUGUUCAGACCCCUUGACUUUUUCCACAUUUUGUUAUGUUACAGCCGUAUUCUAAAAUGGAUUAAAUUGUCCCCCCUAUUCAUUCUACACACAAUACCCCAUAAUGACGAAGCAAAAACAGGUUUUUAGAAAUGUUUGCAAGUUCAUAAAAUAUAAAACACUGAAAUAUCACAUUCACAUACAGUACCAGUUAAAAGGACAUACCUACUCAUUCAACAGUUUUUCAUUAAUUUGACUAUUUUACUAUUGUAGAAUAAUAGUGAAGACAUCAAAACGAUGAAAUAACUAAUAUGGAAUCAUGUAAUAACCCAAAAAGUUUUAAACAAAUCAAAAUAUAUUUUAUAUUUGAGAUUCUUCAAAGUAGCCACCCUUUGCCUUGAUGACAUCUUUGCACACUCUUUCCAUUCUCUCAACCAGCUCACCUGGAAUGCUUUUACAACAGUCUUGAAGGAGUUUCCACAUAUGCUGAGCACUUGAUGCCUGCUUUUCCUUCACUCUGCAGUCCAACUCAUCCCAAACCAUCUCAAUUGAGUUGAGGUUGGGUGAUUGUGGUGGCCAGGACAUCUGAUGCAGCACUCCAUCACUCUCCUUCUUGGUCAAAUAGCCCUUACACAGCCUGAAGGUGUAUUGGGUCAUUGUCCUGUUGAAAAACAAAUUAUAGUCCCACUGAGUGCAAACCAGAUGGGAUGGCAUAUCACUGCAGAAUGCUGUGGUAGACAUGCUGGUUAAGUGUGCAUAGAAUUCUAAAUAAAAUCACGGACAGUGUCACCAGCAAAGCACCAUCACACCACCUACUCCAUGCUUCACAGUGGGAACCACACAUGCGGAGAUCAUCUGUUCACCUACUCUGCAUUUCAUAAAGACACGGCGGUUGGAACCAAAAAUCUAAAAUUUGGACUCAUCAGACCAAAUUUCCACCAGUCUAAUGUCCACUGUAAGUGUUUCUUGGCCCAAGCAAGUCUAUUCCUCUUAUUGGUGUCCUUUCGUAGUGGUUUCUUUGCAGCAAUUCGACCAUGAAGGCCUGAUUCACACAGAAUAAUAAGAAUAAUAAUAGUGUAGAAAAUAGUAAAAAUAAAGAAAAACCCUUAAAUGAGUAGGUGUGUCCAAACGUUUGACUGGUACUGUAUAUGGUACUGUAUAUAUAGUAGGUAUGAUGUCCCAGGGACUAAAUAUACUCUUGUGGAUGAGCAGCGGUGUGCGCCAGGUUGACGAUGUUGCACUUUUGGCACCAUUCAUAAAAAUCGAACUCCAGCGAUCCUGCACCUGCGAUUUCAAGCAGGCGGUCACAACAAUAAACAAACAAAAAUCCCCUUGCUAAAUUUGUUAAAAAGGGAGAAAAAAAUGUAUUGCUUUGAUUCUGAGUUUUUGCGGAUUUGUUUACAUUGGUUCAGUGUUUACUUUCAAUAGUAAGAACAUUCACAUUCGAGGUCUGCCAGCACGUAUGUGAGUCGUGACGUAUAGUCAUCGUGUUUUUGUCAAAGGCUACACUGACUGCGGAUAGCUCUCCAGCUAGAUUUGUUGCGGCAUCCUUGAAAUUCAUAUUUUGUUAGUAAUUACUUAGAAAAACUAAUUCGCAAUAGCCCACACUAUUGCAGGAAAGCACACGCUACCAUGGAUCACAUUUGGCAUCCUCAACUGUGACUUGGACGUCUGCCAUCAUUGCAUUGGAGUUAGCUAGUUAGCUUGCUAAUGCUAUCUAGCUAGGUGACGUGACCCGGACCCCCCCCUAAAGCGAGCCAGUCGGGGCCACGCGAAAAUCUAGCAGUUUUUUGGCGCAUGUGGGGACACUUCAGACUGAGGAAUAUUGCAGCACGUUGAGAUUCUUGAAACUUGAGGCACUCUGGUCAAGUACAGCACCAUGGCUCCCAAAGACAUCAUGACCAACUCCCAUGCCAAAUCCAUCCUCAAUGCCAUGAACGCACUUCGUAAGAGCAACACACUCUGUGACAUCACUUUGAGAGUGGAGAAUACUGACUUUCCUGUGCACCGCAUUGUCCUGGCAGCCUGCAGUGACUACUUCUGCGCCAUGUUCACCAGCGAGCUCUCUAGGAAUCAUCAGCUGUCAGAGAAAGGGAAAUCCUUUGUAGACAUUCAGGGGUUGACUGCGUCCACCAUGGAGAUCCUGCUGGACUUUGUUUACACAGAAACAGUCCUGGUCACAGUGGAGAAUGUCCAGGAACUGCUUCCUGCUGCCUGUCUGCUGCAGCUCAAAGGUGUGAAAAGAGCAUGUUGUGACUUUCUGGAUAGUCAGCUUGAUCCCACAAACUGCCUGGGCAUUCGGGACUUUGCUGAGACCCACAAUUGCCUUGACCUGAUGCAGGCCGCUGAGCUCUUCUCUCAGAAGCACUUCCCUGAGGUUGUUCAACAUGAGGAGUUUAUGCUGCUCUGCCAGAACGAGGUUGAAAAACUAGUUAAAUGCGAUGAAAUCCAGGUGGACUCAGAGGAGCCUGUAUUCGAGGCAGUGUUGAAUUGGGUUAAACACAAUAGGAAAGAGAGGGAGACGUAUUUAUCGGAGAUGCUGGAGCAUGUGCGGAUGCCUUUGCUCACUCCGCGCUAUAUCACAGACGUUAUCGACUCAGAGCCCCUCAUUCGAUGCAGUCUUCCCUGUCGAGACCUUGUGGAUGAGGCCAAGAAAUUUCACCUUAGACCUGAGCUGAGGAGUGAGAUGCAGGGGCCACGUACCCAAGCCAGAUUAGGUGCCAAGGAGGUCCUGCUCGUUAUUGGAGGAUUCGGCAGUCAACAAUCCCCUAUAGAUAUUGUUGAGAAGUAUGAUCCUAAAACUCAGGAGUGGAGCUUUUUACCUAACAUUGCUCGGAAAAGGCGUUACGUGGCUACCGUGUCCCUCAAUGACCGCGUGUAUGUGAUUGGCGGCUACGAUGGGCGAUCGCGGCUUAGCUCGGUGGAGUGCUUGGACUACACGGCCGACGAGGAUGGUAUCUGGUACAACGUCGCCACUAUGAAUGUUCGGCGUGGCCUUGCCGGGGCGACAACACUCGGAGAUAUGAUCUAUGUUGCUGGAGGCUUUGACGGUAGUCGCCGUCACACCAGCAUGGAACGAUAUGACCCCAAUAUUGACCAGUGGAGCAUGCUGGGGGACAUGCAGACAGCCAGGGAAGGGGCUGGCCUGGUGGUGGCUAGCGGACUCAUAUACUGUCUAGGUGGGUACGACGGAUUGAACAUCCUCAAUUCAGUGGAACGGUAUGACCCUCACACAGGACACUGGACUAAUGUUACCCCCAUGGCUACCAAACGCUCAGGGGCCAGUGUAGCCUUGCUCAACGACCACAUCUAUGUGGUGGGAGGCUUCGAUGGAACAGCGCAUCUUGACUCGGUGGAGUUUUACAACAUUAGGACAGACUAUUGGACCACGGUAGCCAGUAUGACCACUCCCCGCUGCUACGUAGGAGCUACUGUCCUCCGGGGACGACUCUACGCCAUAGCUGGGUAUGAUGGAAACUCCCUUCUGAGCAGUAUCGAGUGUUACGACCCAGUGAUUGACAACUGGGAGGUGGUCACCUCCAUGGCCACACAGCGCUGCGAUGCAGGAGUGUGUGUCCUGCGAGAGAAGUGAGAUUUACCUCAGAAAGGUCGGAUGAAGCGGAGGAAGGCAGGCAGCUAGUCCUGAACCUGAAUUUGAUAUUUACGUGCCACUACUAUGGAGCGACACAGGGAUCAUUCACUUGCAGGCCAGUGUGCUAUAUGCCCUCCCCGAAGUCUCUUGAUUGAUUGGUUAUCAGACUUUCUCAUCUGAGUUUGGUUACUUCUGUGGGAAAACCCUUGGCUUCAAUGGAUAAGGGACAGGGGGUGUAUAAGAGAGAUGAGUUAUUUCAGUCUCCUCAUCAACAGUUGUGGCAUCUAAGAAGACAUCGAUCCCAACCCACUCGAUCACAUGACACUCUUUUAGUGGUUCCCGUUGUAGUGGUUACCUGUGAGGUACAUUUUUGACUCGUCUUUUAAAGUGCAAUAUAUUUCUCUACUUCUGUUAUGAACCAUGAAGCAGAAGAAACACAAGAGACUCCAGUUUGCUGCUGCUAUAUGCCUUAUGCCCCUGUGGCCCACAUUGAACCUAACAACCAUGAUGCCUCAUUAGGACUGUGAUGAUUGUUGUCAUACCAUCAAGUAUGAUGAUUAUUUAGCUUUUGCCAGGUUAUCAAUUAGAAAGCCAUUUGUAGAUUUUUUAAUUAUGUAUAAAGUGCUUUUAGAAACAAGUCACUUAUUGAAUAAUUGGUAUUUACCUGACACAGUCAUUAUUUUCAAUGUAUCAAAGACAUUUUGAAAUGAAUUACAUUUUAGGGAAAGCGUUUCAUAAUUGCACAUGAUUCCUUGCUCUUUUGCUAUUCUGUCAUCUUGUCAAAAUCACUUUGUCCCCGGCGACAGACUGAAGAACACUGCUAAUAGCAAAAAUGUUUUUUUUCAUGUGUGUAUGGUAUAUGCAUUUGUCCACAGUGGAUUUGUUUGGACAAGAAAAAAAACUUGACUGCUAUUCUCCAGGGCAAGUGCAAAAUACUGACUAGUCUUUUGUUGUUACUUGAAAAGUGAAUAAAUAUUGUGAUAAUUUA